CUCCUAGAGGGAUUGUAUGACAGCUAUUCCUGCUGCUGGCAGAGAGAAUGGAGACUGUGAGGGAGAGGGAAAGUCUGUUAUUCAGAGGAAGUUACCACCUCUUCCCUAUAGGCUUCUCUACAUGAUCCAGGACUGGAGAACAGCAGUAGUCACAGAGAAUCGUCAAGAUUCAGUCAGGAUUGCUUGUUGUGUUGAUUUUCCCAACCUGGAGGCGAGAAGUAUACUGUUUUCACUGAGGCUAGCAUUGAGCCUUACCUUAUCUUGACAGGAAUUAACUUUCCUAAGAAGACACCUUGACAGCACUACAUACUUGGGAGGCCAAAUGAACUGUUCGGCCUGAGGAGCGAAGGGCACGGGCAUAGAUCCAGAGAGAGAGAGAGAGAGGCUCAAUCAUUCAGCAAACCUCUCCACUUCCACCAUGAGCUGGGACUAAAGAGUUACCUCUACAGCUUCAUUUUAUGGUAAGGUUAAUGAUUUGCCUAACUUUAUAUCUUAGAGCAACAGAAAGAGUAUUGUGCUUUUUUUUUUAUAAAGAGUCAGGCAUGUGCUAUGAACAGCUGCAAUGCAUAUGGUUGACCCAUGUUUUUGUUGCAUUUUUGUAUCAACAAAUGGGGGUGAUAACAACAGCAUAAUAUCCUUGAGAUUCACAUUAGCGUAGAAUUGAGGUGACAUAAAACAAAAACAGGUGGACUGUGCCAUUUUUGAUGUCAAUGAUCUGUAGGCCAUGUGCUAUGACUUAGCUUGUUGUGAGCAAUUCCACGGUUUAGUACUGUAUGUGACUGUGCUAGAGUCAGCCAUCUUUUCAUACUUGAACAACAUGUUUGUUCCCCUGGGAGCCAUAACACAGAACACGUGUAGAAUGAAAGGGAUCGGAGGCUAAUGCUAACGUGCUAACACAUCAAAAGGUUCAGGGAUACUCGUAUUGGCUGGGCCCCUGUGUCGCUAUCUAUCACGUCUUGGUUUUCCUGUGCCAUGUGCCUUGCAUGUACCAUGUGAUGGUGGCAUAGUGGAGCGGACGAGAAAAGGGCAGAGUCAGCAGGAAAGGGCUAUGACAAGGGUUGAGGGUGAAGAGAGGGGGUUGCACAGGAAAUGCGGGAGAGACCCAGCAGGAGCCACAUGACCCUUUGGAUAGAGUGUUCCAUAUGGGAGAAUCCACACAGCCUCUCACUUCGAUUGGAAACAGGUUCUCUCUCUCUCUCUCUCUCUCUCUCUCUCUCUCUCUCUCGUUUGCUCUCUCAAAAGCGCAGGGGGGCUCGCUGUAAUAGCCUAGCCUAUGUAAUUGACCACAUAGGAAAAGAAGCAGGACCAGGCGUUGUACUGUUGUUGCGUGGUGAGGCGUGGCGCCGCAAGGUUCUCUGUGAGGGAAAUUUGAGACUUCCUGGGGAGCCUGAGGCGAGGGAGUAAUGACCGGGACAGCGAGGGCCUGCAGGAACACAAUGGAGCCAAACAGAGCGACAGGAAAUGCUAAGGAAAAGACUCAGACGACCAGAAAGCGUCACCAGCGAUAAGCCCAGUGGCCAAAACUUAAACCAAUCAAAUGACUUGCCUAAACGUAAUCAUUCACAUUUGGUUCUGCUCUCCAUGCAGAGCUGCCUUCAGAACAAGAUCAAGAAAGGAAAACCCAGUGACUCUAUUUCAGUCAGGGACAGUCAAAGUGUGACUAAAAUAGAUAUUUAAACAACAGCAACACAGGUCCUCCAGGUCUUCACCCAUUUGUGUCAGUCGGGAAAAUUAAAAGGGUGAACAACCCAGGUACUGUAAAAACAACACAGAGGUCCUUGGGCCGUGCUCCUAUUGAUCCGGGAGGCUCAUUGGAGGAAGUGCUGUUCAUUGGCUUCUGAGGAGAGAGUUGACCCCUGGCCCCUCACUGUAGAGGCCUGUCCCAGCUCACAGGCAGAACCAUGUGCCAAAUGCGUCAUGAUCCCAGUUUGCGCUGUUGGUAUUUGAGGACGAAACAGUGGAGCAUUUGUUUGCCACAGCUGGACAUGUGUGACCGACCGGCUCGAUUCGGUCCAGUGUAGCAAAAUUUGAAAUUGUGUUUUUUUACGUUGGAUAAAAGUAGACUCAGAGCUAGAAAAUGGUAUAUCAUACACUACAGUUGAGGAACAAUGUGAAAGUAAUUCUGCUUUGAAAGUUGAUCAACUUGUAACCCCAAUUUUGAGAAAAUGUCACUUGAAUGUUACUAUGGAGAAAUGCUGUGGUCAGUGUGUUUGGCGCGAUAGCAAACGAGAAAACAUCUAGUGUGGCACUAGAGGCAUUCGUAAAACACUUUAAAUACAUUGUAAAGGGGAGGGUAAUUAUGGGGGUUUGUGGUAGCAGAAGUGUUUCGGUGGGGUGCGUGAGGGUAACAUGAGGGUAGCUGUGGGGUGCAUGAGGGUAGCUGUGGGGAACAUGAGGGUAGCAUGAGAGUAGGUGUGGGCUGCAUGAGGGUAGCACGAGGGUAGCUGUGGGGUGCAUGAGGGUAGCAUGAGGGUAGCUGUGGGGUGCAUGAGGGUAGCAUGAGGGUAGCUGUGGGGUGCAUGAGGGUAGCAUGUGUCUUUUGGCCAAACCUCAUUGUGUCAGUUUGUUUGAGGGUGUGUGGAAGUAUCUGUGAUACAUGGUGGGAAUAACUGAAUUCAUGCAUACAUUAAUGCAGACAGUACUUGGCAUUGCAUGCAUGGCAUAGUAGUUGAGAUCGCAAGGAAUUCUGAUGCAGUGUGUUGUGUUUAUUUGUAUUAGGUGUAAGAAAGGUCUACUGGACAUAUCGUCAGCAUGGAUGCAAAGAGGAAAGAGAUGGACCUCCUCAGCAACAGCAUAGCUGCCUACGCACACAUCAAAGAGAACCCGGAGAGCUUUGGGCUGUACUUUGUAAUCGGGGUUUGUUUCGGCCUGGUCCUCACCCUCUGCCUCCUGGUCAUCCGUAUCUCCUGCAAGCCCCGCACCAACAUACCGGCCUCCACGCCCGAGAAGAAACACUUAAAGGAUUUCAGUGAGGACGAAUGUGAUGAAGAUAGCGAGGAUGAGGAAGAGGAGGGUGACGUCGAAGCACCCGCCCCCCUGCCCACCACAGAGAUUCCCAUUGGCAACCACCAAAACCACAGCCAAUCGGACGGGACACUGAGCGUUAACGUGUUCACGUCAGCCGAGGAACUGGAGCGGGCGCAGCGAUUGGAGGAGAGGGAGCGAAUCAUACGGGAGAUCUGGAGGAAUGGGCAGCCUGAUAUCCUGGGUUCAGGAACAGGCACUAUAGGUCGGGUGCACUACUACUAACGCCCAGUACUACGGGACCACUGAAUGGACAUACUAUAUAGAACUAUGGUGCUAUGGAAUCAGGGGGUACACUGUGGUCCACACCCGCCAAAGACAGACUUAGAAUCAGACCUCUGGGUGGGUCAGUUCCCUGAGGGAGACUUUACGAUUCCCAUGAGGGGUGUUACUCAUGCUGUGCAUACAGGCAGGUCACACAUGCCGUGCUACUUCGAUCUGGUGUCAAAUCAAAUCAAAUCAAAUCAAAUCAAAUUUUAUUUGUCACAUACACAUACACAUGGUGUGUAUUCAGUGAUGUGGAAGUGUGUGGAGGUGAUGUGAAAUGUUCUGAACGUUGCAGAUAGAAAUAGAAUGAUUAGAGCGUACACAAUUUCCUAUUCUACCUGAAAGACAAUCAUAUCUGUUCUACACGAUACGUUUCUAUCUGAACGCUCUGUAACGUUACAUCCCUCUGAAUAGGCCCCUGAAGUGUAAGUCUUGACUCUAACACUAUGUGAUAGUGGUGUGCUGUGUGAAUGUAUUUCCCCCAUCAACAUUUGUCACCUACUAUCACUGCCAUAAUGGAGUUACACCACAAGGCACCUUUGAGACCAGUUCUGUUGCUUUGUGAUCUAGGCAUGUGAAUGGGAACAUUUAUCAUAAUUGGAGUCUACAGUGUAGAGAGAUGCCUGAAUAAAGUAUUGCCCUUAGAAAAGCACAAAGGGAGUAAGGGAGGACUAAUACAGCUAUUGACAAAUAGCCAGAGAGACUGUAGGGAGUCAGGACCAAGUAUUUUGCAAUGAGGUCACUUCCUUUUGUUUGCUAUGGGGCCAUGUUUCCCUCAACACAUUGGUGAGUUUACAGCAGGACAGCUCCGUGAACUGAUUGUCAUUAUAUUAGGAAAUUAUCCUCAAGUGGUCUUGGAACCUUCUGUGAGGAAAUUGCUUCGCCUAAGUAAGAAAAUAGAAAUAGAUUCAGUGGGACCAUUUUUCACCUGAUGUCAAGUCAUUUUGGAAUUGGACUGCUCAGUUUGCUCAGUUUAUGGACACAGUUUUAGGCUGUUUUCAAGAACCAAUUACACUUGGGGAAAUGAAAUAAUUAAAGUGUUAAACUCAAAAGGCCUUGUGGUUGUUACUGUUACACAUAAUGUCUUUUAGACAAACAAUAAUCUUCCUUAUUAAAAUGUCCCUGUAUUUUGAAUAUACUGUACAAUAUAAAGAUUGUCUAGGGGUGAAAUUUAACAACUGAAAGACCUCAGUUGAGCCAUUUAAUUACAAUGGAUUGUAAGGUCACUCAUUGUUAAUUGUUCAUCUUAACCAAUUGCUACCAUGUGUGCCUUGAAAUGUUAAAUAGAUGUGAUUUUUAUAAUACAAUAUCUUGAAAACUUGUUUGCUAAAUGUUUUGGCAAAACCCAGUGUUCUAUCUAAACUAAAUAAAGUCUUAUUUUAUUAUCUGAAAUAAAACACAGGACAAAAGGAUAUUUGAUUGCCAACAGAGUCAUGUUGAACAUUGAUGAAUAACACAAUCUGCAUAUGUAUCUUUGGUAUGAUCAUUAUCCAGUUUGGUUCUCUUGGGCUUUAGCUGUACAGGUUACUAACCAAAUAAAGACCUGGCCCUCCAACUGGGCACAGACA